AUGGCGUUGUAUAUUCACCAGACGUAUGCACCACAGACUGUUGACAUAACGUAUCAAGAUUUGAAUAAUAGGGGGUUGCAGCAGCACCAUCAAAUGUAUGCUGAGCCUGUCAUUCAGCAGCAUCAGAUGUAUAGAGAUCCCGGAGGGAUCCCCCAGCAAAUAUACACCGAGCAUAUUAUCCCCCAACAAAUAUACAGAGAUGAGGAUUUGCAGCAACAUACGCAGAUUUACAGGGCAGAGGACAUCCAGCAGCACACUCAAAUCUAUCGAGAAGCAGCUCCUCAGCCUCAGGCCACCACGAUUCAAACUGCUCAGCACGUGUGUGAUGUGUGUAAUAAGACCUGUAAAUCCAAAAGUGAUUUACAAGCUCACUAUGCUGCCCAUACGGGCGAGAAAGCUCACGUUUGCGAUGUGUGUCACAAAGGUUUCACCCAGAAAAGCAGUCUUCAGACGCAUUAUCUCAUCCACACCGGCGACAAACCCCACGUCUGCGAAGUCUGUAAGCGCGGAUUUACGGACAAGAGCACCCUCCGUAAACACAGCCUGAUUCACACGGGCCAGAAGCCUCACGUCUGCGAUAUCUGCAACAGGGGAUUCGUUCAGAAGAUCACCCUCAGAAAACAUUACCUCACCCACACGGGAGAGAAAAACCACAUUUGUGAGAUAUGCAACAAGGGGUUUGCUCAGAAAAGCACGCUCAGAACGCAUUAUCUGGUCCAUUCCGCCGACAGGGAGGGGAAGAGACGGAAUCGGAAAGGCAAGGGCAAGAAGGCCGAAGAGGAGGAGAAGAUCUUGCCGGACACUGAACCACCCCCCGAAGAGGAGCAGGCGGAAGCUCAUCCCGAGCAGGCGGAAGUGGAACAGCCUCCGCAAGAAGAGCUGGUGGAACAGCAAGAAGCGGAACAUUGCGAUAUCGCUUUCGUCGACAACAGCGGAUCUCACGAACAGCCCCUGAUGCAGACGGAAGCUCAGGUGUUCCUGGAGAAUCCCCAAGCUUUCGCUACGAUUGAGCAACCGCUCACCCACAUGGUCCACCAAGCGCUGAAUCUUCCGCAAGGCAUACAUCCGCUGAUGACCGUUGACCAGCAGAGUUUGGCACAAUUGGGACAUCAGACCCUGACCCAGAUCGGACAUCAGACCCUGGCCCAGAUCGGACACCAGACCUUCACCAUCAUUGGUCAGCAGCCUUAUACUACCAUUGACCAACAGCAGCCCAUGGCCCACAUCGUCCACCAGGCCGUUGCCCCCGUUGCGAGUGCCGAUCAAAACGUACCACCAGGUCUUCCCGUGGUCUUUCCCUGCGACCAGUGCUCGAAGGUCUUCAAGCGUAAAUGCGAUCUCCAGAAACACUACUUGCUGCACACGGGGGAGAAGUCCUUCGUCUGCGACGUCUGCAACAAGUCGUUCUUGAGCAAGAACACCCUCCAGAAACACUACAUCAUCCACACCGGAGAAAAGCCCCACGUCUGCAACAUCUGCAGCAAGAGUUUCACGAAGAAGAGCAGCCUGGCCACGCAUUAUCUGGUGCAUACCGGGGAAAAGCCCCAUCUCUGUACCUACUGCGGGAGGAGCUUCAAGGACAAGAGCACUCUCCGUAAGCAUUGCCAGAUCCACACCGGCCAGAAGAACCACGUCUGCACCAUCUGCCAGAAGAGAUUCGUCCAGAAGAGCACCUUACGGAAGCAUCUGGUGACUCACACCAAGGAGAAACUCUACAAAUGCGAGACGUGCAACAAGAGAUUCACGCAGAAGUACAGCCUCCAUGUGCAUUACCAAAUCCACAAGAGGCCCAGGCCUUUCGUUUGUGAUCAGUGCGACGAAUCCUACACAACUAAACUCGAACUGGAGAAGCAUUACAGGAUACACACGGGGGAGAAGCCCCACACCUGCGCCAUUUGCAAGGAAGGUUUCGAAGAGAAAGCUCGCCUCAACAGACACAUGCUGGGACAUACCGGAGAAAAACCGUUCGUUUGUGACAUUUGCAAGAGGGGAUUCAAAGACAAAUGCAACAUGCAAAGACAUUACCUCACGCAUACCGGCGAGAAACCUUUCGCCUGUGACCUCUGUGAAAGGCGUUUCAGAGAGAAAGCCAAACUGUUGAAACACAAAGCUCGUCGGCAUCAGAACAAACCUAAACCCCAAGCCGCGACUGCGACUCCUCCCAUACGUAAAGUGAUCAUAAUAAAAACGCUAUCCACCGACUAUUACUAUAACAGGAAAUAUUAUUAGGGUACGUGCGGUCAGGUUUAUUCAUUUGAGAGAAUUUUAAGACUUCAUUUGCCGAAAUAUUUUGUGGCGUGAAAGGUAUCGGGUCUCAAAAAUUUGCCUCAGAAUAUUUUAAGUGCGGAGCUCGACUCGAUUUUUGGCUUCAAUAAUUAUCUAUUGUGUGAUGAAAACUGAAUUUCAAAUUUUAUUUAAUUCUUGUUAGUGUGUUUUUAUUUCAAAGCAUUGAAAUUAUUAUCCGAGUUCUAAAACCUCGUGAUUAGUUAUGUUCCAAUUUAUUAAUGUUCAUUUAAGUAUACAAAAAGUGAACCGACACCUGUGUCUAUUGUAUUUGUCAUAUUUAUUGUAAAUAGAUAAAUUUAAAAAGUUUGUUUUUAAAUGAAACAGACUGAUAUGUAGGCAUUUUGUAUUGGUAACAUCUAAUCAAAAAUUGUUUAAUUGUAUAAAUUUCCGUGUUUUUUUCUAUUACCCAUGAAAAUGUCUUAAUGCAUUGGACUUUCAAAAGUUUUCUGUUGUGUAUGUGCAUUAUUUAUCUAAUAAUUAAAGCUGUGGU